CCCACCUGCAUGUGCAACACCCUGUCAAUGGCGACCAUUGUAUGAGUGGUAAGGACAGUGUUUCGGAUUUAUCCACCAUAACUUGAAAAGACUGAAUCUUGCAGCUUCUAAACGUCAAGCAGACCGCCUUCAAGUCAUUGUUACAACUGUCAAGCACAAGAUGGGACAGCGGUGGUCGACCCCGACAGUGCUAAACGAGGACUCCAAAGACGUGGCAACGGCAGCAGCCUCCGAACUGGCUAAACAGAUGACCGUCAGCGCUGUACAGGCCACUGCUGGGGCCGUGGUGGUGGGGGUAGGGGGAGCCGUGGCCGGGGCUAUCGCACAGGUGAUAUUCCGUGGUCUAUGGGACACGGUCUUCCCACCAGAUGCUGAAGAGUCCAGUACUAUGGACGAGAUGAAGUCUAUCGUGAAGCAGGAACUGAAACAGGACACUUUGGAUCAGAUCAACGGAGUGCUGCAUGACCUGUUCGAUAUGCUGACUAAGGAUUACACCUUAGAUAAGAUGCACAGUGACCUCACCGACCCAACCGACCGAGAGCGCCUCCACGACUUGUUGACAAGGCUGAACGAACAUCUCAUCGGAGUGAUCGGCACGCUGAUGCAGGAGAGCUACGCCAAGAUCGGGCUGACGUCAUUCCUCCUCCUGGCGGGACUGAGGCUCGCGCUGUACCAGGAAAUGGCUAACGUGGAUCCGGAGAACGAAGACCCGGACUUCAACCCUGCCAGAUCUUCGCGCUACGCCACACCGCGGGUUGGUCUGGUAGCGCAGUACGCAGAGAAAUACGCGGAGCACGUGGAGGAAUGGUGGCCGCGGAUUCUGGAGGACCGUAGGAGGGCUGUUGUUGCAGGGAGCGCCGUAACGUCUACAGGUGUCUCCGUGUCACUGGUGGGGACAGUAACAGAGUGGAUAGAAGACCACGCCAUCAGAAAAGACGAUAUCCACGUGAGAUCCUACAGUAACAUUGCAGCCCCGCCACAGCCGUCUCUAGACACAUUGCUUGAAGAAUACAGACAACAGGUGGCAGUGAAGUUGUCUAAAAAGUUCAACCAUCCCGAAGAAAUCGCGACCAACUGGAGAAAACUUAUUGACAAGCCCAUUAAUAUGACAAUUGAAGACGUGCCCUGA